AUGGUCGAAGGUUUCAUCCCCGGCUCUCCUCUGACUCUGAGGAUGAUGUUGAAACUCCCAUGAGCUUUUUACAAAUCACUGUCCGAGGCCUCCUGCUGGCCUUGACGUCUAUGACGCAGGCUGCAGCCUCAGAUCUGCGUUUCCACCUCAGAUGGAGAGCGAUAACUGUGACCAUGCUGCUGGUUUUAGUGCUCACCAUCUAUCUGCACCAGACAGCAGGGGACAGAAAAUCCCCAACCAAAGACUAUUACCAGAGCAACAUUCAUCAUUUUCAAAUCCCCAGUGAGGCUGACGUUUUCAGGGACAGUAAAAGUGCCAAUCCACAAAGACUGGUUCGGGGCCAAAGAAGUGAAAAGCCUUACAAUGACACAUAUCCGUUAAGUCCACCAGAGAAGACCUGGGAUGGCAUUCGUUACCGUAUCGGAGUUAUUGCAGAUCUGGACACUGCGUCGCAAAGCUCCAAGGAUCAGACGUGGUUCAGCUACAUGAAACGAGGCUACCUGACAGUUUCGAAUAGCGCUGACAGCCUGAAGGUGGAAUGGGAUGCUGACAUCAUCACCCUGGAGAGCAAUUUGGCUGAGAAAGGAAGAGGUAUGGAGCUGUCAGAACUGGCGGCGUUCAACGGUCACCUGUACAGUGUAGAUGACCGUACGGGUGUGGUGUACAGGAUUGAGGGAAGCCGAGCCAUUCCCUGGGUAAUAUUACCUGAUGGGGAUGGCUCAGUCUCUAAAGGAUUCAAGGCCGAGUGGCUCGCAGUGAAGGACGAGCACCUGAUCGUUGGAGGCCUGGGGAAGGAGUGGACAACGACGUCUGGGAAAGUCGUCAACCACAACCCAGGGUGGGUGAAGGUUGUUGGCUACAAAGGCGAGGUGCAGCACGAAAACUGGGUGUCUUACUACAAUGCCCUGAGGACUGCUGCAGGGAUCAAACCACCAGGCUACCUCAUCCACGAGUCAGCAGCUUGGAGCGAGCGUCUUCAGCGUUGGUUCUUCCUGCCUCGCCGUGCCAGUCACGAGCACUACGAAGAAACGGCAGACGAGCGGCGUGCCACCAACCUCCUGCUGUCCUGCCCCGCAGACUUCAGCCACAUAACCACGGGGCACGCCGGGCCUUUAAACCCCACCCACGGCUUCUCCUCCUUCAAAUUUGUCCCAGACACGGACGAUCAGAUCAUCUUAGCUCUAAAGUCAGAGGAGGACGCCAGCAGGAUUGCCACGUACAUCCUUGCUUUUACUUUGGACGGCCGGCUGCUGAUGCCUGAGACGAAGAUAGGAGACGUAAAGUACGAAGGGCUGGAGUUCAUCUGAAAGAGGCGGAGCUAAGUUUUUUAAUUCAAAUGAUAAUGAAAAUAUGUAAGGUUCCAUUCCCUGUCAGUUUUACUGUAA